AUGUUCCGCUCAAAAGCCAUUCCUCAAUGCUUUCUGCUCGCCCGGGGUCUAUCCAGCCGACAUACCCCAGGUGACCUACCGGUCCCGUCUCAUCCGGACGCCAAGAAGAAGACCGUCGACUCGAUUCUGGGAGUGCAAGAUGAGAAAGAGAAAAGGUUUGUUGAAGUUCGUCACGAAUCUGCCGCCGAAGCUGCUAGUAUCUCCGGGGUACCGCUGGAGCAUCUGGCUGGACGUACUGUACGUAUCUACCGCCCGGCUAGAGGGACCUCGCAGGCGGAUUUUGGCAGGUCUACUGAUGUCUGGAAAAUCGAGUUCGACACGCGGGAGCGCUGGGAAAAUCCGUUGAUGGGAUGGGCUUCUAACGGCGACCCCCAAUCGAACACCAGCAUGAUGCUCACAUUUGCUUCUCGGGAAGAUGCCAUACAUUUUGCGGAGAAGAACAAUUGGCAAUGGGAGGUCGAGAAAGAACAACUCCGCGAGAUCCGCCCAAAAAGCUAUUCCUGGAAUUACGCGUGGAAUAACAGAAAACGGGUCUCAACCAAG